AUGCCGAUUACCAAUCUCCUGACAUUUUGGAAAGGCAGGGAGAGAAUGGUUCUGAAUACAGUAAUAACUCUGACAACAGUUUUUAGUCAACAAGUAUUUUCGUUCUUCACCUUCAAAUGUCCAUGCAAGACGACAUUGAAUUUAUACUACGCCCUGUCUUUUAUUGCGGUCCCCGCAUUGGUCCUGUUGAUUCUUGGAUAUGCCAUUAAUAAUAUGACCUGGAAAUUAAUCAUGAGUUUUAGAAAUGGAGCCCAAUUGAAGCUUAAUAGUUUCAAACUAAUCUGCUAUGUCCUGCUCAGUGUAACGGGAAGAGCUGUAAUCGCUCCAGUGACUUGGGUGGCAGUCACUCUGUUAAAUGGUUUGUAUUAUCAGUGCGGCAUGAGUGAGUUUUUGUCAGUGAGCAGCUGGAAUGUGUUUCAGAAUAUCACCCUUCGUGAGCGGAAGGACAUUCUCGCUCGCUUUCCCUGUCCGAAAGUGAGCAUUAAGGAGAUACAUAACAUCAGUGAAAUUAGAAAUGAAGGUAACCGGAUUCUUCUGUAUCAGUCCCAGGUGGCUGGAUGGAUUUUAGUUGCUUCUGUGACUAUCAUUGCUUUUUUGACUGUUUGCAUUCCAAGAUAUUGUUCUCCGCUCUGUUUUUUGCACCUAAACUACUGGGUCCAGUACUUGGAAAAUGAGAGUUCACUCUUUCAGGAGACGGCUAAAAGACAUUCUCAACUUUAUGCUUCGAAACACAUCAAGAAAUUCUUUGGAUUUACAGCACAGGACAAUGAAGUGAAGAAAAUCCGCUUGCCUACUAGAAAAGACUGGAGAAUGAUCUCCGGCAUUAAUGUAUUCACUAAAUUUGAGUGUGACCCCUGUCAGUACAGUCUCCUGCACAAAUGGGCUGAUGAAAUAACUGCAGAUGAUGAUUAUAUUCCAGUAGAUGAUGUGGUGUCAGAAAAGUAA